AGAAGAGAGUGGUUCUGUCACGCCACGGACUUUCAAUCCUUAAUGUAUCCCUGUUUUAUCAUUUGCCGCAUUCUCGGAACGUUUCCAUACAAGAUCAAUGGUUCGGUUUUCGAGAUUUCAAGACCGCGUUACAUCCUGUCCACCGUGGUUGUUUGCGUUAACAGCAUUUGCAAUCUGAUAAGCAUUUACAAUUUGAUUUCUACAACCAAUUCGGUAAACGUGAUCAAGAUUCUUGAGAGUCUCUGUUACUGUAUGUGCAGUAAUUUCAUAUUGAUCAUUACGCAUGUCUUGAGUGGACCACGAAUGCGUUUGUUGCAGACUAUUUUGAAUAUCUCUUUGAAAUUAUCCUCAAAGUCAUAUCAAAACUUAUCCAGAUUGAUCUAUAUUAAGGACACCUUCAGUACUAUAACCGUGAUCGUGCAAAUAUGUGUAUAUUUUUUUAAAACAUUUGACUAUUCGCAUAUCCUAAAUACGGUAUUAGCAAUAUACUAUCUUUUGCUGAUAUUUCAGACAAAUAUGCUAUAUAUAAAUUGUGUUUAUAUAUUAAAAGCUUGUUUUAAAGAUAUUAAUGAUAAUUUGAGACACAUGCAGAGACUCGUGAUAAACGAUACAAAAUCAUGUGUCCCCACAUUUAUCAAUCACCUGCAGAGAAAUCAAUUUUUGAUAAUAACAAAACUCAAGGCUCUAAAAAAAUGGCAUUUAAUGAUUAGCGAUGCAGUGCAAAUGCUGAAUAUAAUCUUCAGUGGGCAACUUCUUGCUACUAUGGUCUUAAUCUUUUCUAAUACCACUUUUGAAUUGUAUUUCUUUAUAGUACGCUGGCAAGAUAAUGGGAUACUUAUUAGUUUUGAUAGACACCUAUUUGACACAUUUUUAAUGGUCUUUGUAUAUCACAUUCUACAUUUGACGCUUAUUGUAUGGGUCUGUGAGACCGGCAAGUAUCAGGCCCAAGAGAUUCGUACCACUAUUCACGAUCUACUUAACAACACUAGCGAUGAACAAAUCAAAGAUGAGGUAAUAAAGAUGCAAUUAUAUAUUUUUUUCUAAAGAUGUGUAAAUACGAUUUUUUAACAUUAAAUCUACUGAUUGUGAGUCGUAUUUGCUUUUUCAAUUUUACGUAUUCGUUCCUUCAUUGAAUUUGCAAUCUGAUAUUGCAGUUGCAGCUGUUUUCUUUACAAACACUACAUCGCAAAAAUAUAUUUUCGGCGAAAGGUCUCACUGUAGAUGCGACGCUUCUCACAACAGUAAGUAAUCAAUUAUUUACUUUCAGUAAUAAUACAUAUAUAUUGUUUAUAUUUUUUAUUUCAUUUUCAGAUGAUUAGUAGUAUCACGAUGUAUAUGUUGAUAUUGAUACAAUUCUUGAUUACGUCACAUUCUUGUGAUGUAAAAUCACAUAAGUAAUUCCAUUAUAAUAUAAAAGAGAUAAUCAAAGAA